AGCGGCUUGGCUUGGAUUCAGUACCUCCCCUAUGUGCUGCCUUACUCCAUCAUCACAUCCCUGAACGUGAGCGGUGUAGCUGAGGAGCACUUCUUUAAAACCCGACACUUCGCUGGAGUUGCUUCCCCUGCGCGUCUGAGAGUCAGAGGGAGGGGAGAAGCAUUCCCCAAAAUCUCUUCUUACGAUGGAGACUCGUCUGGUUGUAUUCCCUGGCGCUCACUUUACUCUUUCUACCUGGCUAAUUCUUUCCUCCUUGUAUGUUUUUCCAAAUGUAAAGGCAGAAAUAAGUUGCGCGCCAUGUAUGUCGCCAAUGCGAGUGAAUUACGCAGGGGAUGAGCGUCUGCGUGACCCGCAUGAUUCUGGGAAAUAUAUGAGACCGGAUCAAAAGAAACCCAAGCUGAUCACAGUUCUUUACCCGAAUGUUGGAGUACCCACUGGACUAGAGGUGGAUGGUUUUCCAGGGAUCGCGCCGAAAUUGGAAAGAAACGCGGAGGGGAUAAACUCCCGUGCGCCUUUGGGGAACUUCACCGAGUCCGCUUUAGAUGAAGAAUUGUUUUCGGAUGAAUAUGUGAAAAGUGAAUCUGUAUUGGAAUCCGAGGACGCCGCGUUAGGGAGAGCCAAAAGAAGCGUGCCCGAGUUUCUGGAGAGCGCGCGGAGCGCUGAUGCGCGCUCGGAGGAGCAGAGAAAAACCUCCGGUCUGCGGGUGGAUGGACAGAGUAAACGCGCCGAAGUUCGCUGGAACAAGGAUGAUGAGCAUGAUGGCAGAGUAUCGGAUUCCAGACCAGACGAACCCAAGCUGACCAGCAGCACUUUUGCUCUGGCUGGAGACUCCGCACACAACCACGCAGUCGUGUACUGGACUGGAAAAAACAGCAGUGUGAUUCUGAUUCUCACCAAGCUGUAUGACUUUCACCUUGCCAGUGUAACGGAAAGCACUUUAUGGAGGUGA